ACCAGGUUUAGAGAAUAACUUGAGACAAAACUGAACCUGAACAUUCCAAAACUGAACCGCACGCGUCCACCGACGAAGCUUAAAAAAGAAAUAAUAAAAAAAGAAAAGUAAAAGAAUCAACGUAGCUGGUGGCGUUUCAGUAGAGAAAAGUAAAACACUGCGAGCAAAAGAAGAGAGUAUUCGCAAAUAUUUUUUUUUUUAAAUAAAAGAAAAAAAGAGAAAAAAUCGCAAUCCUCGACUAUCUCCGAUACGUAUUCCCAUCCAAUCCCCGUCGUUGCUUCCCCACAACGCCUACCCCUCCUUUUCCGCCCGUUUCCUCUCCGCUAUUUUCAAAUUCCGCACCGGGUAAAACCCUAGACCCCCCUCCAUCUCUAUAAAUGGCGAAGCCCCCGGGGCUCAUCGGGCGUCGUCCUGCGAGGUAUGCAAUGGAGCCCAUCGCCAUCACCGCCACCAGCUCCAGCUCCGGCGGCGGCGGCGGCGGCGGCGGCGGAGGAGGAGGAGGUAAUGGCUCGGCGCAGCCUACGCCGCAGCCGUUGGCGGCGCAGGGGGGCGGCGCCGCCGUGCUCCUCCGCCGCAUGGUGACCCCGCUCCUCUUCCUCGCCGCCGUGGCGUUGCCCUGUGCCGUCGUCUACCGGGCCGCGGGGCCGAUCGCCCCGCUCCGCUCCGCCGCGCUGUGGGAGCCCGCCCCCCUCGCCGCGCUCCCCCCGGAGGAUCCCGUCGACCUCGUCGACUUGGAUAGCGAGGAUGUGAGGCUCGAGCGUGUUCUAAAUGACACCGCAAUGGUAAACAAGACCAUAAUAUUGACUGUCCUAAAUGCUGCAUGGGCCUCUCCUGGCUCGGUUGUAGAUCUCUUCAUCGAGAGUUUUCGUACUGGCGAUGGCACUCGCAUGCUUUUGAAUCAUCUGGUGAUUAUCGCGUUGGACAUGAAGGCAUAUAAGCGGUGCAUGUCGAUACACCAGCAUUGUUUUGCUCUUAUCACGGAAGGUGUGGAUUUCUCGGGGGAGAAGAAUUUCAUGACCGCCGGGUACCUGAAGAUGAUGUGGAGAAGGAUCGAUUUCUUAAGGGUCAUUCUUGAAAAGGGAUACAGCUUUAUCUUCUCGGAUACAGAUAUUAUGUGGUUCCGUAAUCCACUACCACAUUUUCAUCCUGACGGAGAUUUUCAGAUCGCCUGUGACCGUUUCAUGGGUGAUGCCACCGAUUUAAGGAACACUCCUAAUGGAGGAUUUAACUAUGUGAGAUCCAACAACCGAAGCAUUGAAUUUUACAAGUUUUGGUACUCCUCACGAGAGAAACACCCAGGCUAUCACGAUCAGGAUGUUCUUAAUUUUAUAAAGCGUGAUCCAUUCAUCGCUGAAAUUGGAUUGACAAUUAGGUUUCUGAGUACAACAUAUUUUGGUGGCAUUUGUGAACCAAGCAGAGAUUUCAGUAAGGUCUGCACAAUGCAUGCAAAUUGCUGCAUCGGUUUGCAUCGCAAACUUCAUGAUUUAAGGGUUAUGUUGGAGGAUUGGCGGAACUAUAUGUCUUUGCCACCCAGCUUAAAAACUUCUGGGGCGUAUAAAUGGAGCGUACCACAAAAUUGCAGUCUUGCACCAUUGAGUCAAUGAUCCAUGUUCAUUCAUGUCGGAGGACACUGAUGUCACGGAACCUUCUUUGUAUAUCCGGAAUUGUUCAAGAAAUCAAUUUUGUACAGAUAAUAGCCUCUAGCAGAAACAACAUAUUCUAUUCUAUUUGUGAUCUGAGCUACAAAACAGGAAGAGACAAUAGAGAGUUCAAUUGAAGUACAAAUACAAAUACAACGGGGAGUACUACGAAGAUGACAACCGUGGGUGCGGUUGUACUUUCGACUUUGGAGUACACUGGUACUACUUGUACUACAGCAAUUUAGCCAUGUAUUUUCUGGUCAGUUGCCCAUACUUGACUUAAUAGUUUAGAUAGAGUUUGAAAAUCUAAGAAAUUUCUCGUAUAUCACUUCCGUUUUCUUUCUUUAAUUUUUUUGGCUCAUCUUCAAACUUUUUUGCUGCAAUUCUUUCUCACUAGUUUUAUAUUACAAUCAAAUCUUUUACUACUGCUUGUGAGAGUAACAUUUUUUGCCAGGAACCAACCUAAAUAGACUGAUGAAAGAACUAGAUUAUUAUUAUCUUUGAAUAAGGGUGCUGGUUUUUAUCUUAAGGCACACGAGCUGUGAUUAGAUCCACCUACUUUGUAGUGAUCUAGAUUCACCGUGUUAUCUUAAGAGAUAGUUAUCACAUUGGACUUUAAUUUUUUUUUUUUUUAAUAAUAAGAGAAAUUAGUUUAUUAGUAGAUAUAGUAUUCCUAUCAAGUAAUAUACGUCAAAAUUUUUGCAGCGAUGAAAAUUAAAAUUUGGGAAAACUUCAAA